AUGGCAAUCACAACUUGGAGUAGGACAAUACUUCAAGGAGAGAAUGAACAAGUGGUCGAAGUGGAAGAUUCCGAACAAGAAGUUGAGGCACAAGUUGAGGUACCAGUUGUUGUUGAAGCUGAAAAAGUCCCAGAAGAGGUGAAAAUUCAAGAAGUAAACCGGGAAGAGGUUAAGGAAAAGUUAUCGGUGAAUAUUCCAUUUGUGGAAGUAUUUCAAGAGAUGCCUGGUUUUGCUAAAUAUUUGAAAGACUUGAUCACCAAGAAGAAAACCACCAAGAAUGAAGUGGUGAAUGUGACUCACCGGCAAGCAGGGUUAGGUAUGCUGAGGCCUACAAGUAUGAGGUUGCAAAUGGCCGAUCGUUCAAUAAAGAGACCGGUGGGGAUUGUUGAUGAUGUUCUUGUGAAAGUGGGAAAGUUCCUCCUCCCGGCCGACUUUAUGAUCCUUGAUUGUGCUGUUGACAAAGAAAUCCCUAUCAUCUUGGGGAGACCAUUUCUUGCUAUCGGAAGAGCACUUAUGGAUUCGGAACGAAAUGAGAUCAAGUUCCGAGUUAAUGACGAAGAGGUAGAACAAUUGUUAAAUGUCUUGAGAGAGCACAUGAAAGCCAUUGGGUGGACAAUAGUGGACAUCCGAGAGAUUCCUACCGGAAUUUAUGAGCACAAGAUACAAUUGGAGCAAGAGAGCAAACCAAGUGUGGAGCAUCAAAGAAGUUUAAACCCUUCCAUGAAAGAGGUGGUAAAGAAAGAAAUCAUUAAAUGGUUAGAUGCCGGGGUGGUCUACCCCAUUGCUGAUAGUUCUUGGGUGAGUCCGGUGCAAUGUGUGCCAAAGAAAGGAGGCAUGACCGUGAUUCGAAAUGACAAAAAUGAUCUCAUCCCAACGAGAACAGUGACUGGCCAUAUGCCAUUUGGGCUAUGCAACGCCCCGACUACUUUCCAACGGUGCAUGAUGUCAAUCUUCUCGGACAUGGUGGAAGAUUUCUUAGAGGUGUUUAUGGAUGACUUCUCUGUAGUGGGUGAUUCCUUUGAGCAUUGUCUUGACAACCUUAGACAAGUGCUCAAAAGAUGUGAAGAAACAAACCUUGUUCUAAACUGGGAGAAAUGCCACUUCAUGGUGGACGAGGACAUUGUUUUGGGCCACAAAUUUUCCAAACAAGGCAUAGAGGUAGACCGGGCAAAGAUCGAAAUCAUUUCCAAGCUUCCUCCACCCACUUCAGUAAAAGGUGUCCGAAGCUUUUUGGGGAACGCCGACUUCUAUAGGUGUUUUAUCAAGGACGUCUCAAAAAUUGCAAAUCCCAUGUGCAAGUUCCUUGAAAAAGAUGCAAAGUUUAUAUUUGAUGAGAACAAUUGGAUGGUGCUUGGUCAACGUCAUAACAAAAUCCUUCACCCUGUCUACUAUGCAAGCAAGACACUCAAUGGCGUUCAAAUGAAUUACACUGUGACUGAGCAAGAACUUCCUGCCAUUGUCUAUGCUUUUGAAAAAUUUCGGGCCUAUUUGUUGGGGUCCAAAGUUAUAGUUUACACCAAUCAUGCUGCUCUUCGCUAUCUUAUGGCGAAGAAGGAUGCCAAACCAAGAUUGAUUCGGUGGGUCCUUUUGUUGCAAGAGUUUGACUUUGAAGUCAAGUACCAGAAAGGGAUAGAAAAUCAAGUUGCGAAUCACCUAUCUAGGCUUGAAGAGGCAGGGAGACCAAAAGAAGACCUUUAA